UGAAAACCAAGAACCAUGAAUUCCCCUUUCUAGACCUCUAAAAUGAGUUUAUUAGUGUAUAUUGAUAUCCUAAGUGAAAUAUUUAAUACUAAUUAUGACUACAUAAGGAAAGUUUAAACAUUUAGUAUUAUAUCUAAGGAUUACACGAUGGAUAUGCAGACACCACUGAGGAGUCCUUGCUCAUCGGAAGUUUUACCGAGGUCGCCAUCCAAAAUUCAUCCUGACUUAUUAUAUUUAGAACACCGACGAAGAGGACAAGAUGAAACAAUAGGCGAAUGGAAGAGAGGACGAAUGCCAUCGUUUUCCAGAUCAAGAACAUUGCCCGUUAUAACACAAUCAGAACCGUCGUUCCAUUCACCGCUAUCAGACAGAUCAAGAAGUGGAAGAUAUCAGUUACUGAAACGGAGACCCAAAAGUCCUGUGGAUAUUAAACCUUACCAGGCAAGAGUAUCAGACAGAUUAAAGACGCCAGACUUCAACGCACUUGUAUUGAAAAACAGACCAAUACCACAACUGUUUGACCGUGUAGACGAAAAGGAAGAAUUCAAAACUAGAAGCAUUCAAGAAUGGAAAAACCAAGUGGUCAAAAUUGUUCCCAAAAGACCACCGUUUGCAAUAGCAAUGGACUGGAAAGCUCCACCCGCCGAAUGGGAUGAUAGGGAUCCGUUUUUAUAUUCUCCGAAACCCAUGUUCUACAAGAACAAAAAGUUUGUAUCUGAACGAGACUUUGUUGUGAAUCCAGAAUGGGGAUCAGAGAAAAAGAAAGUUUCUGUGAAUUCACCAGCGUAUAGUACAUGUGCACUGAGAUAUGGUUGGUGCUGCUGAUAUUUUACAUUCUUUCACGACUUGAUAUAUAUAGGAUUCUUCCGAAUAAUAGUCUUUUUAUUGGGAUCUUUGAUUUGAUUUUGAUUUUAUUGUUAUUUAAGAUCGAAAUUGCUUUGAAUAUCCACACAGGACCAGAAUUUCCAAAAAAAAAAAAUGAGAAAAUAAAUGAGUUUUGUUAUAAUGCUUUAUGAAUAUUAUGAAAACAGAUUUGUUACUUUUUGAAUUAUACUGUAAGUAUAUGUAUAGAGCAACGAUGCAUAAUGCAUAUUUAUAUAAGUGGAAGUUUGUAAUGUGGAUUGGUGGUUAAUUGAGUAUGACAUU